AUGGAAACUGAAUUUAAGCGAUCAAAUUUAAUAUUACUACAUGUGCUUAGAGGACCACGACGAAGACUGGAUACGAUGCUCCAGCUGCCAAAGGUGGCUCACGAAGCACGCGCUGACAUUCCUGAAUGUGGAGAUGCCUAUACGAGGGAUGCCUUUUAAGUUUUGCGUAUGGAAAUAAAACAAUAAGGUAGGUAGUUUUAAAUGACUUUAUUGUUUUUCGAAGUAUUCUCCACGAAGAUUAAUAGACAUCUGCAUGCGCUCGAAUCAAUUUUCGAAGCACUUAUUCCACUCGUUUGCUGGCAGAUCCAUGCGUCAACUGCUUCUUCUGGUGAUGACUGGAGCCUUUGA